CGGCGGCGGCGAGCUCGGUGGUGGCGGUGGCUGCGGCGGGGACGCUCCCAUCCGCUGCCCUUCCUCCCUCCCUUCCUCUCUCUCCGCAGCCCGGGGCGGUGCGGCCGUAGCGGGCGGGGCUGUGGGCGCCCGUCCCCUCCCGCACCUGCCGGGCCCUCAGCCCCCCUCCGUGGACAACAGCCGUGCGCGGGCCGCGGCUCCGUCGUGAGUCGGGGGGGGGUGGGGGACAGCCCCUUCCCCUCAGCCGCCGGGUGCCGCUCCCAGCCGGGAUGUUCUCCAGGAAGGGCCACGCCGAUGUCAGGAAAUCCACCCAGAAAGCGCUGGACCCCAAGCGGGACGUACUCACCCGUCUCAAGCACCUCCGGGCGCUGCUGGAUAUUGUGGAUGGAAGUGACCUGAAGCAAUUUUUUGAGAACAAUUAUUCUCAAAUUUAUUUUAUAUUCUAUGAAAACUUCAUAACACUGGAAAAUAGCUUGAAACAAAAAGGGAAUAAAUCGCAAAGGGAGGAGCUGGACUCCAUUCUCUUUCUUUUUGAAAAAAUAUUGCAGCUACUACCUGAGAGGAUUUUUUAUCGAUGGCAUUUUCGCAGUAUAGGGUCAAUUCUGAAGAAGCUUUUGCACACUGGAAAUUCUCUCAAGAUAAGAUGUGAAGGAAUCCGACUGUUUCUUCUCUGGCUUCAAGCGCUUCAGACUAACUGUGCAGAAGAGCAGAUAUUAAUAUUUGCAUGCCUUGUGCCUGGCUUUCCACCCUUUAUGUCCUCACGAGGUCCCUGUACACUAGAUAACCUUAUUAGUCCUCCUAAUUCGCCAGACGCUAAGAUUUUUCCAGAAGAAAUAACGCCACUUUUGCCAGCUGUCUCUGGAGAGAAAAUUGCUGAAGACCAAACCUGCUAUUUUCUUCAGCUACUGUUAAAAUAUAUGGUAAUUCAGGCUGCAAGUUUAGAGUGGAAGAAUAAGGAGAACCACGACACGGGUUUUAAAUUUCUCUUUACCUUGUUUAGAAAAUACUAUCUUCCUCACUUGUUUCCGUCUUUUACAAAGCUAACCAACCUCUACAAACCUGUUCUUGAUAUUCCUGAUAUAAGACCAAGACCAGUGUACAUUACUGCAACACGAAACAAUGAAAAUGUCUAUAGCACAAAAAUCCCAUAUAUGGCAGCUCGAGUUGUUUUUAUUAAGUGGCUUGUAACCUUCUUUCUUGAAAAGAAAUAUUUAACUGCUGUUCAGAAUACAAAGAAUGGAGGAGAAAUGCUCCCUAAAAUUAUUCAGACUGUUGGUGUUGUAAACCAGGAUAAAAACGCAGAGCUGGAAACCAGUAUGUCUUAUGCGAGUGAGCAGGAGAGAAGCCAUUCUAACAGCAGCACUUUGUCUGACAGAAGGCUCAGUAAUUCCAGCCUCUGCAGCAUCGAAGAGCAGCACCGAACUGUCUAUGAGAUGGUGCAGAGAAUCCUUUUAUCCACUCGAGGAUAUGUUAACUUUGUUAAUGAAGUGUUUCGACAAGCUUUUUUAUUGCCACCUUCUGAUAUAUCUGCAACACGAAAAGUGGUUAAGGUAUAUCGGAAGUGGAUAUUGCAAGAGAAACCUGUAUUCAUGGAGGAGCCAGACAAAAAGGAAGACAUUCAGGAUACUGUUGUCAACUUGGAAGAUUCAUCAGUGCAAACUGAUGGUAAACAUCUUUCCUCUGACCAUUCAGGACAUAAGCGCUCAUCCAGCUGGGGAAGAACAUACUCCUUUACCAGUGCUGUUAACAGAGGAUGUAUAUUAGAAGAUGAGGACAAAAAUGUGAAAGCUGGUGCUCAAGCUGCAUUACAGGUAUUCUUGACAAACUCUGCGAAUGUUUUCUUACUGGAACCAUGCACUGAAGUCCCUGUGCUUCUAAAGGAGCAAGUUGAUGCUUGCAAAGCAGUUCUGAGUAUCUUUAGGCGCAUGAUAAUGGAACUAUCAAUGAAUAAAAAGACUUGGGAACAGAUGUUACAAAUACUCCUUAGAAUAACAGAAGCUGUGAUGCAGAAGCCAAAAGAAAACCAAAUGAAGGAUACAUUUGCUCAAAGCAUGUCAGGAUUACUUUUCCGAACCCUCAUUGUGGCAUGGAUCAGAGCAAACCUGAGCGUUUACAUUUCUCGGGAGCUGUGGGAUGAGCUGCUCAGUGUUCUGUCCGCCUUGACAGACUGGGAGGAUCUCAUAAAUGAGUGGGCCAACAUCAUGGACUCUCUAACAGCAGUGCUAGCAAGAACUGUGUAUGGGGUGGAAAUGACAAACCUACCCUUGGAUAAGCUCAGUGAACAAAAAGAAAAAAAGCAGAGAGGAAAAGGUGGUAUUUUAGAGCCUCAGAAGACAGCUGUAGUAGGACGAUCCUUUUCAUUAAGCUGGAAGAGUCAUCCUGAAGUUGUGGAGCCAAUGAGGUUCAGAAGUGCUACGACUUCUGGAGCCCCGGGAGUUGAGAAAGCAAGAAAUAUUGUUCGUCAAAGAGCAACAGCUAAGCGAAGCCAGUCUAUCAGCAACUGUGUUCAUCUUUAUGAGGGUUUGCCAGCUACUAAAAGUGUACCUCUUCUGCUUCACACUGUGAGCUCUCUCUUACCUGGUAUCUCUUACACUUCUUGCUCUCACAGACUGUCAGAAGUUGAAGAAUCUCAACAGCUGGAAAAUUCAACAGGGACAGAAGCUACGGGCCUAUAUGUAGACCAAGAACAGCAGAUAACUCGAAGUAGCAGCACUUCAGAUAUUACAGAUCAGUUCCCAUCUGAUUUUUUUCAAGGUAAAAAGGCUGGAAGUUCUCAUAAUUUAACUUCUUCAGACUCCAAAUCAGUUCAGGAAAAUAAGGGAUAUACAAAGAAGGAACAUGAAGCUGAGCAAGUACUAGUACGAAGAAGCAGUAGUACAGCUGAAUUAGAUUUGAAAGCAGACUUGCAUCAAUCACAUGGAAAUUACAGAGAGAGAGAAAAAAGUGAAAGCGUUAGCAGUGACACAUCCAUUGGCUACAAUAAUGAAGUAGAGAUCGCACUUAUCCCCUGGCAAGCUUCUGAAGACCAUGAAGUUAAUGCGUCAGCAGACGUUUGUGUGGAUCCCGAUGCACCUCGCUGGCUUCAGCUCAGUCCUUCAGAUACUGCAAAUUUAACAGACAGUAGUGAAUUCCUUGCUGAUGACUGCAGUAUAAUUGCUGGUGGAAGCCUUAUUGGUUGGCAUCCUGAUUCUGCUGCUGUGUUAUGGAGAAGGAUCUUGGGAAUUCUUGGAGAUGUGAACAAUAUACACUCACCAAAAAUCCACGCAAAAGUUUUUGGGUAUCUUUAUGAGUUGUGGUAUAAGCUUGCAAAGAUACGGGACAACCUUGCUAUAAGUGUGGACAAUCAGUCUACUCCCUCUCCUCCUGUCUUAAUUCCCCCUCUCAGAAUAUUUGCAUCAUGGUUAUUCAAGGCAACCACCCUGCCAAAUGAAUAUAAGGAAGGCAAACUUCAGGCAUACAGGCUAAUCUGUGCUAUGAUGACUAGGCGUCAAGAUGUUUUGCCAAAUUCUGAUUUCCUGCUUCAUUUUUAUUUUGUGAUGCACCUUGGCUUAACAAGUGAAGACCAGGAUAUCUUACAUACUGUCAUAAAGCACUGCCCACCUUGGUUUUUCUUCCUGGGUUUACCUGGCUUUACGAUGCUGAUAGGAGACUUCAUUACAGCAGCAGCCAGGGUCCUGAGCACAGACAUGCUGGAGGCUCCCCGUUCAGAAGCUCACACCAUCCUUGGUUCUCUUGUUUGCUUUCCAAAUAUCUACCAAGAAAUCCCACUAUUGCGGCCCAUUUCAGAAGCCGGCGAGAUCAUCGCGGGGACUGCAGAUGUGAAGUGUUACCUCAUAAAUAUUUUAUUGAAGAAUGCUACAGAGGAGCCAAGUGAAGUUGCAAGAUGCAUAGCCAUUUGUGGCCUUGGAGUUUGGAUAUGUGAAGAACUAACACAGUGCACGAACCAUCCCCAAGUGAAGGAAGCAAUCAAUGUCAUAGGUGUGACACUGAAGUUUUCUAAUAAACUGGUAGCUCAGGUAGCCUGUGAUGUUCUUCAGCUGCUGGUUUCUUACUGGCAGAAACUUCAGAAGUACGAAUCCUCUCUGUCCAGAAAAAUUACUGAAAUCCUUGUGGCCACUAUUGCAUUUCUUUUGCCGAGUGCUGAAUACUCCUCUGUGGAAGCAGAUAAAAAGUUUAUAGUUUCACUGCUGCUUUGCCUGUUGGAUUGGUGUAUGGCGUUGCCCAUGAAAAUGCUACUGGAGCCGGUGUCUGCUGGUGUUCUUGAAGAUCAACAUGCAUCCAAAGCUCCUUUACUGGACUAUAUUUAUAGAGUUCUGCACUGUUGUGUGAACGGCUCCAGCACGUAUACUCAGCAAAGCCAUUACGUGCUGAGUCUGGCGGAUCUCUCCUCCAGUGAUUACGACCCGUUUUUGCCACUGGGGAAUGUGAAGAGCUCGGAGCCAGCUCAGUGCCACUCCUCCACUGAUUUGGGCAACCUGCUCACUGUCGCUGAGGAAAAAAGGAGGAGGAAUUUAGAAUUGAUACCUUUAACGGCGCGGAUGGUUAUGACUCACCUGGUGAAUCACCUGAGCCACUACCCGCUCAGCGGAGGCCCUGCCAUUCUCCACAGUCUCCUUAGUGAGAACCACGACAACUCCUACGUCGAGUCCUCCGAGCUGUCCUCAGAAGUCUUCCGGAGUCCCAACCUGCAACUCUUUGUGUUUAACGACAGUACUCUCAUAUCUUACCUCCAAAUCCCCGCAGAGAAGACGACAGACACUGAGCCAGCAGCCACCCCCUCGGACGUAAGGGUAAUUGUCCGAGAUAUCUCAGGGAAGUACUCUUGGGAUGGCAGAAUAUUGUACGGACCUUUAGAGGGCUGCCUUCCGCGGCAGAGCGCAACGAGUGCGUUUGUCAUCUCAGGCAACCCUGAGCACCACUUUAUUUCCCAGAAAGACAUUUCUCAGGUGGAAGAAGGAGAAGAUGCUCUUGACCAAUUGCUGGAGAAGAUUGGUAACAGCAGUCCUGAGUGCCUUUUACAUCCCCAGCGAAAGCUGAAUGAGCCAUCGCCACCACCCUUUGGUAUGAGCUACGACCAAGAGAACGCAAUCACCGAGGCCCUGAUGAGGCAGAGCGCCCAGGAAAAAGAGCAUAUAUUUAAAUGCAACUCGGACUUCAGUAUGAAGGUGGCCCGUCAAGAACCACCACGUCCUGCUGAGCCUCAAGCGUCUUUUUAUUUCUGUCGGCUGUUGCUGAAUGACUUGGGAAUGAACUCCUGGGACAGAAGAAAAAGCUUUCAUCUUCUUAAGAAAAAUUCAAAAUUACUACGAGAACUGAAAAAUCUGGAUUCCCGCCAAUGCCGUGAAACUCACAAGAUUGCAGUGUUUUACAUUGCAGAAGGACAGGAGGACAAGUGUUCAAUACUGUCCAAUGCAAGGGGAAGCCAGGCAUAUGAAGAUUUUGUUGCUGGACUGGGCUGGGAGGUUGAUCUUUCGACACAUGGUGGGUUUAUGGGCGGCCUGCAGCGCAAUGGCAGCACAGGACAAACAGCACCCUAUUAUGCUACAUCUACUGUGGAAAUCAUUUUUCAUGUGUCUACAAGAAUGCCAUCAGAUUCAGAUGAUUCACUGACCAAAAAGCUUCGUCACUUGGGAAAUGAUGAGGUUCACAUCGUCUGGUCUGAACACACCAGGAACUACCGCAGAGGCAUUAUACCAACAGAUUUUGGAGAUGUUUUAAUUGUUAUUUAUCCAAUGAAGAACCACAUGUUUUUCAUAGAGAUAAUGAAGAAACCGGAGGUGCCAUUUUUCGGUCCUCUCUUCGAUGGAGCAAUCGUGACUGCAAAGCUGCUGCCAAGCCUCAUAUGUGCCACGUGCAUCAAUGCCAGCAGAGCCGUCAAGUCGCUCAUCCCACUCUACCAGAGCUUUUAUGAGGAAAGAGCUCUGUACCUCGAAGCAAUAAUCCAGAACCAUAAAGAAGUAAUGACAUUUGAGGAUUUUGCUGCUCAGGUCUUUUCUCCCUCUCCCAGCUACUCCCUCGGUGGAACUGGCUGCCUCACCACAAGCGCAAGCGCUGACCUCACUGUCGCCGUAGGACUAGAGCUCGAGCAGACCUCGCCCGCGCUACCACGUGCCUCCAAGAGCAGAGUCUCCGGGAAGCUCCGCCGCUCCGCCAGCGCCCUCAGCAAGUCUUCCAACUGAGGCGCUGCGGGAGCACAGCUCCGGCCCGGGGGCCCCGAGGGGCCCUAAAACGGAGAAAUUAUUUACGGCCUCGGUAGAGCUUGCGGUUUGGGGCGAGCGCGCGUUGAAGGGGACGGGCGAGGGGUUUGCUCUGGCAAAUUGCGGUUCUGGCAUUCGGUCAGGUGGCACCUGCGUGCGUUACCGUCGCGCGGUUCCCUCGGUCGCCAGGAGCCGGCGGGAACGGCAGCUCCCGCCGCCCGUGUGGCGCCCGGCGAGAGGCCACGGACCAGCACCGAGACCGGUUGUUUAAUGUGACUUCAGAGCGUUGCUUUUAGUCAUUCCGGUCGACACCGAAUUGCGUAUUAGGGAAUUUUGUCUCUAAGGAGAGUUUUCCCGUAGGACUGGCCACCUAACAGGCGCUCCCCUCCUCUGGAGCGUGGCUGACUGACGGCGGUGCCUUCCGGUCGGUGUCCACCUCCGCUCCCCCUCUGGUGUCCGCGGCCGUCCGAGGAGGUCGCUCACCUGCCGUUCGGGUUUCACGAAGUGGCAGCACCUGCGCCAAAAUCCGUUUAACCCUGGCCCAUCUUGCUCGAGGCCGCCCGCCCCUACCCACCGUGUGACAUCCUGAGGCCGAAGGUGCCCCGGCCGCCGCUCGGUGCCCAGCAGGGGCUGCCUGAGGUGCCGCUCCCUUGGCAGCUGCGGCGCCCGCCGGGCCCAGCCACAAACCAUCGCGUUUAUUUUCCACAGAAACCCUCUUUCCCGGCGCUGGCUUUGGCUCUGGGAUCGCUCUGUCGGCUGCCGUGGCGCACGCCAGGGCUGCGUGCUGUCCGCUGCUCGCUAGACAAGUAACUGACUUCCCCCUUCGAGGAGCGAAUGGCGCACGUUUGCCACGCCGCCGGCUCACCCGCGGCUGGAGUAAUGGGGCAGGACACCUCCCGGGCAUCCGCCUCGCCCCGCGGCAGCGCUCUGCCACCCGACGCAUCCCCCGGUAGAGUAAAAUCAAUCGGAAAGCUCCCGAGGACGCGCAGCGUCCUCCUGGCACUUUGUAGUAAGCAAAUCUUGUCUUUUCAGUAGGAAGCGUAUUUCAGUCUGCGCGUGUCGUAGCUUUCUAGGGGUGAUAAUUUUUAUAGCUAAACAACCUCGUGUUGUAAAAACGAAGGAGCGCUGGGGGGGACCCCGUGGCCACGGGGCGGGAGCGAGGCUGCCCAGACCGAGGGCAGGAAUCUGCCAACGCGCGAGGGGAGGGGGUGGCCAUAAAGCGAAUAAUACUCUCUUAACGUUAUUUUUUUGAUGUUUCGAACGUGGGUGUCAGCCCCCCCCAGCCCCCGCCCGGGCUCUGGGGCGCGUUGUUGCUUUCUGUUCUGGUUUGCUUUGUUUUGCUCCUCGGCAUUCAAACGCGCACCCCUGGGCUCGAUGUGAUUUGGUUUAAGUGAAGGGGAUUUGGGUUUUGGUGAAGCAAAAUGCACCGUUGGGCCACCGUUUUUUUUUUUUUAGUUUGUUUUUUUUUGUUUGGUUGGUUGGUUUUUUUCCACUUCUUAGGUGUGAACGUCUGCCUCCCUGCGCGUCGGCCUCCAGCCCCGUGACCUCCCUGUGAAUACGGGACAGUAUUUUAUAAAUACUGCCGGUGACACGGCGGCAGCCCGGCGCUUUGCGGGGGGCUCUGCGGCGCGAGGUGCCGCCGCGCGCCCUCGCUGCCCCGGCUGGAGCCUGGCUCACGCAGCCCCCCUCGUCGGCGAGGGGGUUCCACUGCCACGUGGGUUUUCUGCCUCACGUUCGGGUUUUGCUUUCUACUGAUGGCGUGUCGGUAAAGGAAAUUAGAAAAUGAAAUGUGUAUUUUUAAUUUAUUUUGUUUUCAGGACUGGAUAGGCGAGGCUGUCUUGUUCUUAGUUAGCCAAUAAAUGGUCUGAAAUAAUUUCAAAGGCAGUCUUCUGCCUAAAAGGAGACUUUUCUCGUUAGAGCAAUACGCAUCUCUCAUUCAGGGAAGAAUUAAAACACCGAUGAAAAUAGUAUUUUCCUGAUGUCAAAAAACUAAAAAUAUUAACUUGUCAAAAUUCAGCUGUGGUUUUGUACCAUGACCUGGCUAACAAAACUGUUCUCUUACACCCCACGCAAACCUAAUAAAUCUUUGCUCACAAUAAAAUUCUUGCAAGAGCA